AUGGACUACCUCGAUAAGUACAAAAAAUCACAGGUUCAGCUAGCUAUACCAGGCAUGGCAUCUGCUAGAACUUCUUGGCAACCUCCACCUCCAUUAGUCUAUAAGUUGAAUUUUGAUGCAGUAACCUUUUCUGAUCUGAACUACUCUGGAUUUGGGGUAAUUAUCCCCAAUGAAAAGGGUGAGGUGAUGGCUAGGAUGUCGGUCAAGGGUCCUUUUGUUGAUAACAGUGCGGAAGCUAAAGCUGUGGCGUGUAGGAGUGUUGUUGAGUUCUCCAUUGAAGCUGGUUUUUCAAGGUUGGUCAUUGAAGGGGAUAAUACAUUGGUGAUGAAUGCAAUAUCAUGCUCUGCAGAGAACAACUCCUUGCUGGGACACAUUUUUGAAGACAUCCAAAACCUUAUUUGUGGGCUGCAAUAUGCUUCAAUCAGUUGCAUUAAAAGAGGUAGUAGUAUGGUUGCACAUUCUUUAGCUCAACACGCUAGGAAUAUUAGUGAUGAAAUGUAUUGGUUGGAAGACUCUCCACCACCUACUAUGGAUGCUUUGUAUCAAGAUUUUUUACAUAUUAAUGAAUGA